CUGCCGGCACCAUAGAGGCGGCGUAGGAGGAGGAGGCAGAGCGUCUCCCGGAGGCCUGUUUGUCCGCCCGGCGGAGGCGGCGGGGCCGCGCCAUGGCGGGGACGGCGCUGAAGCGGCUGAUGGCCGAGUACAAGCAGCUGACCCUGAACCCACCAGAAGGAAUAGUGGCAGGUCCCAUGAACGAGGAGAACUUCUUUGAGUGGGAAGCUCUGAUCAUGGGUCCUGAAGACACCUGCUUCGAGUAUGGGGUUUUCCCUGCCAUUCUGAGCUUUCCCCUGGACUACCCUCUCAGUCCUCCCAAGAUGAGGUUCACCUGUGAGAUGUUCCAUCCAAACAUUUACCCAGAUGGAAGGGUUUGCAUCUCUAUUCUUCAUGCUCCUGGGGAUGAUCCCAUGGGAUAUGAGAGCAGUGCUGAGAGGUGGAGUCCUGUCCAGAGUGUGGAAAAGAUCCUCUUGUCAGUUGUUAGCAUGCUGGCAGAGCCAAAUGAUGAGAGUGGAGCCAAUGUAGAUGCCUCCAAGAUGUGGCGAGAAGACAGAGAACAAUUUAACAAAAUUGCCAAGCAGAUUGUGCAGAAGUCACUUGGACUUUAAGCUCUCAAAGAGACUGAAUUGUUUUGUAUCUCUCUCCACCUGAAAACGAGCAGUGCUCAGUGCUGGUACCAAAAAGGAAAACGUUGCAAAACGUUGGCCUAGUUCUUCUCAUCAUUAUUUAUUUACCAUCUUUUGAUUUGGUUUUUUUUCUUCUUUCACUGCUCCAGAGAAGCCUCUAGUUAUUAAAGCUUCUGCUUAUUAAAUUGCAUUGAAAAGGGAUUUAAUACCAGGGAAAGAUGCUGAGACAGUGCUGUCUCAGAGGCUGCUUGUUGCUACCUCAGUUCAUGGUAUCAAAAGCUUGGAGACUUUGCAAUCUGCAGCCCAGCUUUGCCAGUCUGCUGUUUGAGAGCAGAACUGGUUUGGAUUGCCUGCUGGAAGAAUUAGUUUUGGUUUUGUUAGGUAGUAUUGCAUCUGGAGCACCAUUAGACAGGAAAUAAUCAGUUUUAUGCUACAGGCUAAGUUUAGGACAGCACUUGCAGUUUAGGUAGCCAGAGAGGCUAUGAAAAAAGGCUCUAGUCAGUUAGGAAAGAAAGUGAUUGUGCAACAUUUAACUUCUGAGAAGAUUUUGGGAGUAGUUCCCAGUGACUGGCUGGGGAUCUCCAGUGGGCUGGUGUUCCCAUGUAACACUGAGUGUCUGCUGAGCCCUUGAGUCAGUGUUUGCUUGGAAGAAAUCCCAAGAGCUGCAUUGUUACUAUCACUUCUUAAAGACUCUGAGCUGCAAACUUUGCAUCCAAUGAGACGUGCAAGAUGUGAAGACUGGAUUCUUUUAAACACCUUGGGUAGGGUCACCAAGGACAAGGCAGCUCAGUGGCACCCUGAAAAUCCACUGGGAGUGUGUCUGCUCCACUGGACAGGUAAAAUCAUCUCUGCAAGAACAUCAGCUCCUCAGCUGAUGGUGUGGAUGUGGAGGGGAUUAGGCACUGCAGCCCAGCUCACCUGGUUUACAGGUGACUGAGCAAAGAUCAAGGUGAUCAGUUUUCUGUAAGUCCCAUUUCUUUGUGCUGAUGACUCUUUUUUAUUUAAAAUGAGGUGUUCAGAGCUGCAGGCCACUGUAGCCAGGGCUGGGGUGGAGGGUGCAGGAAACACCAUCUGCAGUGAGCACCUUGUACAGCUGCUUCAGGGCCACUUGGUGCUCUGCAGACUGAUCUCUUGUGCAGGUCCUGACCUUCUCCAGUUCACUACAAGCAAUAACAAUGCCCAUUGUUAGCACAGGGGAGCAAACCUUGCUGGCAGCUUUAAAGGGGCUACAUUUGAGAAGGGCUUAUUUUGUUGUUGUUGUUGUUGUUGUUGUUGUUCCUCUGAAAAGCAUCUGAUGUGGAAGGAAUUGCCCCACGAAGGAAGCUUUCCAGAGGUGACUGUGUGCAUGCACAUGUGUACAGCCUGUCAGUAUUUAUCCUGCUGUCCCUCUGAAGAGAUGGGAUUCCUACAACUUGCUGACUUGAUCUCCUUCUGCAAGUAACCCUGGGGCUGGUGUGAGGGUGGGAGGGGGACAUCUGGCAUCUUUUGGGAGCAGGGAUGGUGACACAGUGUUGUAUCUAACUAGUAUUUCCAGGCACGCAGGAAAACAUAGCAAUUCUGAACAAACUGGGGGUGUUUGUUAAAUCCUCAUAGAUGGAGUGUUGCUUCUGGGAGUUCUGCAGCUGCUCUUGAACACACUGGAGAGCUGUGAGCACCACUGGAUUCAGCAGACAUGGCAAAAAAUGAGGGGGUUUUAAGUGCGGAGUGUUUUAUUCGUGUGUACUCACUUGGUAUCUUUAUGGUGGGGUUUAGUCUGUAUACUGAAAAUAAAGUGAUUCUAUUUUCUCCUUUCACAGAUGUA